CAAAUUCUCCUCGAUUAGGUAUGGAACCUGAAAAACGAUUAGCUGUUUGCCUCUAUUACCUUAAAGACACAGCAACCCUAAAGAUGACAGCCAACGCAUUUGGAAUAAGUGUACCAACAACUUCUAAAUGUGUGAAGAACGUUUGCAAAGCGAUAAAAGAUCAUUUAGGCCCAAAGUAUAUAAAAAUACCAGCGGGUGAUGAACUGAUAGAUUCUAUAAAGCGUUUUGAAGAUGAACUAGGUUUUCCACAGGUUUUAGGUGCUGUUGACGGAACACAUGUGCCAAUUGUGCAACCAAAUGAAAACAGUCAUAGUUUUUUCUCCUAUAAGAUGAAAUAUACAUUGAAUGCACAAGCUGUUUGUGACUCGUCUGGCAAGUUUAUCGAUGUUGAAAUUAGAUGGCCAGGAGGCACACAUGAUGCCAAAGUUUUUGCUAAUUCUGGAAUCAACAGAGCACUAAAAGAAGGGACUGUUCCAAAAAUGUCCAGAUUUUUGCUACCAGGAAGAGAUGCUGUACCAUUACUUUUGUUGGGUGACCCUGCAUAUCCUCUACUUCCCCACUGCAUGAAAGAAUAUUCAACCUGCUACACAAAUGAACAAGUUAUCUUUAAUCAAAUGUUAAGAAGUGCUAGAAAUAAGGUUGAGUGUGCCUUUGGAAGACUCAAAGCUAGGUGGCAAGUUCUGACAACACCAAUAAACCUAAAAUUAGAGGAUAUCCCAACCAUAAUUUAUGCAUGCUUUGUUCUGCACAAUUUCUGUGAAAGACACAAAAUUCAAGUGGACAAUACUCUAGUACAGAGGCAGAUUGCAACUGAUGCUGAACAGCAACCUACUUCAUUUGUCCAAAGUAGAUAUUUAUGCAACACAGCUCAAGGAGUUCGCACCAGGGAUGUUAUCACUGCAUACUUCAAAGAAUAUUUAUUGUAACUUGUUUCUGUAUGUAUAUUGAUUUAGCUUCGCUUAUGAAAAAUGUGAAUUUGCAUGAUAUAUUCUAUCAGGAAUUCCAUCGAGUCUUUGAUUAA